AUGGCAGAAUUUCCGAAUCUCGGCAAGCAUUGUGAAAGUGCAGUUUGCAAUCGUCUAGAUUUCCUGCCUAUCAAAUGUUCUGGAUGUGCACAUUUCUACUGCUCAGAGCACUUCACGUUUGAAGCUCAUAACUGUCCAACAGGAUCGAGAGUGUCCGUCCAAGUUCCGAUAUGCCCCAUUUGUGAAAAACCAGUUCCAACGCCGAAGGAUGGAAAUGUCGAUUAUCAAGUUAAUGAACACAUCCAGAACAACUGUCAAACUAAAAAAUCUAAAGUGUAUACCAAUGCAUGCUCAGUGCCAAAAUGCCGAAAAAAAGAACUCGUUGCAAUGAAUUGCUCAAAAUGUCGAAACAACUACUGCCUGUCACAUCGGCACGAACGUGACCAUAGUUGCGAGCGAAAAUCCGCAGAGUUUGAAAGCCAACGAAAGAAAAAUGCUGCUUCGUGGACAGAUUCAAUAACUUCUAUUGCCCGAUCCCGUAUGAAUCCAUGUGCUUCGCAAGCGCGAACACAAAGAGAUGAAGAACUGGCCCGAUCCCUCCAGCAAGAAGAAUAUAAUAGAGUUGCGCCUCCAAAUCAAUCGAGAAAUUCUAAUUCAAACUGCUCUGUUUCAUAA